AUGUUGAUCAAGGAGUACCGGAUCCCCAUGCCCAUGAGCGUGGAGGAGUACCGCAUUGCCCAGCUCUACAUGAUCCAGAAGAAGAGCCGAGAGGAGAGUUGUGGUGAGGGCAGUGGGGUGGAGAUCCUAGAGAACAAGCCGUAUGAGGAUGGUCCAGGCGGGUCGGGACAGUACACACACAAGGUGUACCACAUCGGGAAACACAUCCCCUCGUGGUUCUGCUCCAUCCUGCCUCAGGCUGCUCUACGCGUGGAAGAGGAGUCCUGGAACGCCUACCCAUACACACGCACACGGUAUACCUGUCCAUUUGUAGAGAAAUUCUCCAUAGACAUUGAGACGUAUUAUAAACCUGACACAGGGACCCAAGAGUGCUUCAAUCUGUCAUCAGCAGAAAAAAGAACAAGGACUAUAGACCCCAUUGACAUUGUGAAGGACUACAUUGCACCCCAUGAGUACCUGGUUGAGGAGGACCCUAAGCUGUACUUAUCAGAGAAAACCAAGCGAGGACCACUGACUGACGACUGGAUCAAACUCAUCAACCAGAACCCGACCCAGAACACGGUCAUGUGUGCCUACAAGCUCUGCAAGGUGGAGUUCAGAUACUGGGGAAUGCAGUCCAAGAUAGAACGCUUCAUUCACGAUGUUGGCCUGCGUAAGGUGAUGGUGCGUGCCCACCGGCAGGCGUGGUGCUGGCAAGAUGAGUGGUACGGUCUGACCAUAGAGGACAUCAGACAGCUGGAGCUGGAGACCCAGCUAGCCCUGGCCAGGACGAUGGCCCAGUACAGUCUCAGUGACACCGAGGAGGGGGCGGAAGUGACCAACGGGACCCCUGCCACCCCCGACCAGGACCAGGAGGGAGUGAAGGCCCUGGGGGAGGGGGGAGAGGUGGAGGGAGGACGGACAGGGCUGGGAGAUGCGUUACAGACGCGUGGAGAGCUCACCAAGCAGUGGUCAACUUCGUCCAAGUCGUCUAAUAGAUCCUCGAAGAGAGGAGGAAGCCCCGUCCACCAGAACAUCUCAGAGUGGCGGAUGCAGAGUAUCGCUCGUGACUCCGAGGACAGCACGGACGACGAGUUCUUUGACGCUCACGAGGACUUCUCUGGGGAUGAGGAGAUGCUGUUACAUGCCAAGGAGAUGACCAAGUGGAGUUCCAACGACCUAAUGGACAAGAUGGACACUACAGAGAUGGACGAGGGCCAGGAGAGCCUGUAUCAGUCGGGUGAAGAGUAUGCCGCGACCAGUAGUGACGAGAGACUUCUUGAGGAUGGGUCGUCUCAGCAGUGUCUGGCGCCCUCAAAGAUCCACGUUCUCCUCCUGGUGCUUCACGGGGGUAACAUCCUAGACACUGGAGCAGGUGAGCCAAAUAGUAAGCAGGCGGACGUCAACACUCUGACCGGAGCGUUUGAGACAGUGAUGAGGGUCCAUUACCCAGCAGCCCUAGGACGCAUCGCCAUCCGCAUGGUUCCUUGCCCCGCGGUUUGUGCCGACGCCUUUUCCCUGGUGUCCAAUCUCAGUCCUUAUAGUUAUGACGAGGGCUGCCUCUCCAACAGUCAGGACCACAUUCCUCUAGCUGCACUGCCUCUAUUGGCCACCUCCGCUCCCCAGUACCAGGAUGCCGUGGCUACCGUCAUCCAACGAGCCAAUCAGGUGCAUGGGGACUUCUUAAGGUCCUUGGAAGGGACAUCCUUCUCAGGACAGGUGUGUGUGAUCGGGGACUGUGUAGGUGGUAUCCUAGGGUUUGAUGCUCUGUGCAGCAGUAACGUCACCGUCUCAGAGAGCCAGAGCAGCAGCAGACGAGGCAGCACUGUCAGCGUACAGGACACAGACCUCCUCUCCCCAGGCAUCAUAAUAAACAGUGUCUCUCCGUCUCUGGAGGGCAGUCGCCAUCUUAGUCGCAGUAACAUCGACAUCCCUCGCAGUUUAGGGCCCGACGACCCCAAGACAAUGCUGCCACGCAAACGCAGUGACUCCUCCACCUACGAACUAGACACCAUCAAACAGCACCAGGCCUUCCUGUCCAGUCUCCACAGCAGUGUGUUGAGAACAGACCCGGGUUCGAGGCGCUCCAGCAGCAGUACCAUGCUAGAGGGAGGGGGGGCGCUCGGGAGGCUGGACUUCGAGGUGGCAGACUUCUUCCUCUUUGGUUCUCCUCUGGGGCUGGUGCUGGCGCUGAGGAAGACUGUUGUGCCGUCUAUAGAUGUCUCAGCGUUGCGUCCAGCUUGUCAGCAGGUGUAUAACCUGUUUCAUCCUGCGGACCCCUCUGCCUCCCGCCUGGAGCCCCUCCUAGAGAAGAGGUUUCACCAGCUGCCCCCCUUCUGUGUCCCCCGUUACCAACGCUUCCCUCUGGGGGACGGGCACUCGGCUCUGCUGGUGGAGACGAUGCAGAGUAACCCCCAGCUCCUGUUGGAGUCAGUACCCCUGUCAGUACCCCUGCGUUACCAGGAGGGGGGCGUCAGUGAGACUUCCAUCCCCGUCCCUGUACUCAACUGGCCCCAACAGGCCGCACAGCUCAACGACACUGACGUGCUCCACUCCCACUGUGGUGUGUUUGUGGACAGCCAGUACCCGUCCUCCCCGCUGACCGGACCCCCCCACCCCAGGGGCCUCCGUAGGUCCAGCGAGGCCAGCAUCGCCAGCCAGGUGUCAGGCAUGGCCGACUCAUACACCGCCUCUAACAUCGCCAACAUUGCAUCUCGGUGGUGGGGCAGUAAGCGGAUGGACUUUGCCCUGUACUGUCCUGAUGCCCUCACAGCCUUCCCCACUGUAGCCCUGCCUCACCUCUUCCAUGCGUCGUACUGGGAGUCCACUGACGUCGUCUCCUUCCUACUCAGACAGGUGAUGAGGCAUGAGAACUCGAGUGUUCUGGAGCUGGACGGUAAAGAGGUGACCGAGUUCAAGCCCUCUAAACCCAGAGAGAAGUGGAUCCGCAAGAGGACCCACGUCAAGAUCAGGAACGUGACGGCCAACCACCGCGUGAACGAUGCUGUGUUCUCUGAGGACGGAACACAGCUGGUGAUGGGACGCUUCAUGUAUGGCCCUCUGGACAUGGUCACCCUCACUGGAGAGAAGAUUGACAUCCACAUCAUGACCCAGCCCCCCUCAGGAGAGUGGGUGUACUUUGACACCGAGCUGACCAAUAGCAGCGGACGCAUCUCUUAUGUCAUCCCAGAGAGCAAAAGGCUGGGCAUUGGAGUUUAUCCUGUCAAACUGGUCGUCAGGGGUGACCAUACAUUUGCGGACAGCUACCUGACGGUGUUGCCGCGGGGAACAGACUUUGUAGUGUUCAGUAUCGACGGCUCGUUUGCUGCCAGCGUGUCCAUCAUGGGCAGCGACCCCAAGGUCAGGGCUGGAGCUGUGGACGUGGUCAGACACUGGCAGGACCUGGGCUAUCUGAUAGUGUAUGUGACGGGUCGUCCAGACAUGCAGAAGCAGCGUGUGGUGGCCUGGCUGUCUCAACAUAACUUCCCUCAUGGAAUAGUGUCCUUCUGUGACGGCCUGGUGCACGACCCCCUCAGACACAAGGCCAACUUCCUCAAGUCCCUCAUCUGUGAGGCCCAUAUGAAGAUAUUUGCCGCGUACGGCUCUACUAAGGAUAUCACAGUGUACUCCUCCUUAGGCCUGCCCCCAUCACACAUCUACAUAGUGGGACGGCCCACCAAGAAGAUGUCCAGCCAGUGUCAGUUCAUCCCAGACGGCUAUGCGUCCCAUCUGUCCCAGCUGGAGUACAGUCAGAGGUCUCGUCCUGCCAAGACCGCCAGCGCCCGUAUUGUUCUCCGUAAGGGAAGCUUCGGACUGGGCGCCGCCGGGGGGGACUACCUCCGCAAGCGCAACCACAUCCUGCGCUCCAUCAACUCAACUGGGGGGGCGGGCUCUAGCUCCCCUGGCCAACCAGGGCGCACGGAACGCACGCUGAGCCAAUGCGAGGUGGAGAGGGAGAGAGCAGGAGCGGGGACCCAGAGGAGUAUGAGUAUAGCAGCUGGGUGUUGGGGCCGCACCGGGAGCACCAAGGAGGGGUCAGGAGGAUUACUCAGCCCAAAAUAGGACUCACCAGACUGGGCUACAGGGGGGAGGGGACCCUGCCUGACUCUACCUGGAGCACUAUGAUCUUUGGACUGGCUCUGAGAGAAACAUGGAAGAAGUAUGUUUAAGAGAGAGUUAGAGAAAGGAAA